AAACCCCAUGAAAUUAAAAUAAGCCAUUUGGAACUUGGAAGUAACAGCCCUCCGCAGAGGAACUGGAAGGGAAUUGCUAUUGCGCUGCUGGUGAUUCUAGUUGUUUGUUCACUCAUCACUAUGUCUGUCAUUCUUUUAACCCCAGAUGAACUCGCAAAUUCAUCAGAAACCAGAUUGUCUUUGGAAGAUCUCUUCAGAAAAGAGUUGAUAGUUCACAAUCCAGAAGCUAAAUGGAUUAAUGAUACAGCAGUGGUGUAUAAAAAUAGGAAUGGACAUGUUGUUGAACUGAAUGUAGAAACAAAUACAACUACAUUAUUAUUGGAAAAUUCAACUUUUGUAACAUUCAAAGCAUCAAGAUACUCUGUUUCGCCAGACUUAAGAUUUGUUCUUCUUGCGUAUGACGUUAAACAGGUUUUUCAUUAUUCCUACACAGCUUCAUACGUGAUUUAUAACAUACACACAAGGGAAGUUUGGGAGUUAAACCCUCCAGAAGUAGAGGAUUCAGUUUUACAGUAUGCAGCCUGGGGCAUCCAAGGACAGCAACUGAUUUAUAUUUUUGAAAAUAACAUCUACUAUCAGCCUGAUGUAAAGAGUAGUUCAUUGCGCCUGACAUCUUCAGGAAAAGAAGGAAUUAUUUUUAAUGGAAUUGCAGACUGGUUAUAUGAAGAGGAAAUUCUUCAUUCUCAUGUUGCCCACUGGUGGUCUCCAGACGGUGAAAGACUGGCGUUUCUGACCAUAAAUGACUCUCUGGUACCAAACAUGGUUAUUCCUCGGUUUACUGGAGGUCUGUAUCCUAAAGGAAAGCAGUAUCCAUAUCCUAAGGCAGGUCAAACAAACCCAACAGUAAAGCUGUUUGUAGUUAAUCUGUAUGGACCGGCACAUACACUGGAACUGAUGCCACCUGACAGCUUUAAAUCAAGGGAAUAUUACAUCACCAUGGUGAAAUGGAUAAGCAACACCAAGGCUGUGGUGAGGUGGUUAAACAGACCUCAGAAUAUUUCCAUCCUCACGGUUUGUGAAACUACAACUGGGGCUUGCAGCAGGAAAUAUGAAAUGCAAUCAGACUUGUGGCUUCCUAAACAGAAUGAGGAACCAGUUUUCUCCAAGGAUGGCAGUAAGUUCUUCAUGACUGUUCCAGUGAAGCAGGGAGGCCGGGGUGAAUUUCACCACAUAGCCAUGUUUAUUGUUCAGGCUAAAAGUGAACAAAUCAGUGUGAGACACCUGACAUCAGGAAACUGGGAAGUUAUCAAAAUCCUGGCAUAUGAUGAAAAUACUCAGAAGAUUUAUUUCUUAAGCACUGAAGAGUCCCCAAGAGGAAGACAGCUACAUAGCGUAUCAACAGUGGGAUCAUUGAAUCGUCAUUGCCUCUCGUGUAACUUCAUGAAAGACCAGUGCACAUACUUUAGUGCAAAGUUUAGCCCCAUGAAUAGGCACUUUUUACUGCACUGUAAAGGGCCAGGUGUCCCAGUUGUCAGCGUGCACAGUACAAGUAAUACUGCAAAGUUUUAUAUUUUGGAGAAUAAUGCUGUGUUGAAAGAAGCUGUUUUUAAGAAAAAGAGUUCCAGGACUGAAAUUAAAAUGGUUCACAUUGAGGAUUACGAACUCCCUUUACAGUUGUCACUGCCAAAAGAUUUCACGGAUCGAAACCAGUAUGCGCUUCUAUUAAUAAUUGAUGAAGCUCCAGGCAGCCAGUUGGUUACAGAUAAGUUUCACAUUGACUGGGACUCAGUGCUUGUCAACUCUGAUAAUGUCAUCGUAGCUCGAUUUGAUGGCAGAGGGAGUGGAUUUCAAGGCCUUAAGAUUCUACAGGAGGUCCACCGAUGCUUAGGAUCAGUGGAAGUGAAGGACCAAAUAGCAGCCGUAGAAUCACUAUUGAAACAGCCCUUCAUUGAUCCUAAGAGACUGAGUAUAUUUGGAAAGGGAUACGGGGGCUACCUUACAUCAAUGAUCCUCAAAUCCAGUGAACGGCUCUUCAAGUGUGGAGCUGUGGUGGCACCAAUUACAGAUAUGAAGUUGUAUGCAUCAGCUUUUUCAGAAAGAUACCUUGGUAUUCCAUCAAGAGACGAAAAUACCUAUCAGGCAUCCAGCGUAUUGCACAAUCUUCAUGGUUUAAAAGAAGCGAAUUUGCUAAUAGUUCAUGGAACAGCUGAUGCUAAAGUCCAUUUCCAGCAUUCAGCAGAACUAAUUAAACAUCUAAUAAAAGCUGGAGUUAAUUACACUAUGCAGAUCUACCCGGAUGAAGGUCAUAGCAUUGCUUCUGAGAAAAGCAAAUAUCACCUUUACAGCACAAUCCUUGGGUUUUUUAGUGCUUGUUUAAAGGAGGAGACACCAAUUUUACCACAGGAACCUGAAGAGGAUGAAUAAGGAAGCCUGUUUGUGUUAGUACUGAAGGGGACUUACUUUGAGGCUCAAUAAAACCUUAAAUAAAAGUGACUGUAAGAUUGCAGAUUCUGCAGAAGCUCAAGGGCAGCUAAAGGAUAUCACAGUGGAACAGCACAUUUACAGACAAUGAGCUAAUAAACUGGAAUUCGACUACAAAGUCCAAACGUAUUACCAAGGGACAAAACCUUUACCUUUGUGGAAGGUCAACAGUUGGUUACAGUUUCCUGGAAGAACUUAGUUUUGCAUAAGUGUAGGGUUAGUGCAUGUUUGUUAUGUUCAAGCCUCACUGUUGGUUCUGUAAGUGGUUGCUCGUUUUUGGGUUAUUUUUUUUCUUUCAUUUAAAUGCUCAUCUUUAUCCAUCUUUGCAUAAUGCACAACCUAUCCUAAGUAU